GUUGUCAGUUGAUUACCUCUUGUCACGUCACAGUUUUUUCGUGAGCGGAGACUGGAAGAUACACGUCAACGUCAUCUUAGUUUCAUUUAUUGUUGGGUGUAAUGUUUAAUAAAAUAAUUUUUUAACUGGAAAUUUGUGCCAUUAAACAAAUUUAACAAUGGUGCUAAUUGCAGCAGCAGUCUGUACGAAAUCAGGCAAAACAAUUGUGUCUCGACAAUUUGUCGAAAUGACUAAAGCCAGAAUUGAAGGUUUGCUAGCGGCCUUCCCAAAAUUGAUACCCAAGGGUACCCAACAUACGUUUGUGGAAACUGACUCUGUACGCUAUGUGUAUCAACCCUUAGAAAGGCUGUACAUGCUGCUCAUUACAACUAGAGCCAGUAAUAUCCUAGAAGAUCUGGAGACCCUCCGCUUGUUUGCUAGAGUAAUUCCAGAAUACUGCAAAUCCUUGGAGGAAAAUGAAAUUGCUGAAAAUGCAUUUUCCCUGAUAUUUGCUUUCGAUGAAAUAGUAGCACUAGGUUAUAGGGAAAGUGUCAAUUUAUCUCAAAUUCGUACAUUUGUGGAAAUGGAUUCACAUGAAGAAAAAGUUUAUCAAGCCGUUAGACAGACGCAAGAACGGGAGGCGAAGAACAUGAUGAGAGAAAAGGCUAAGGAGCUACAGAGACAAAAACUGGAAGCUGCUAAAAAAGGUAUUAAACCAACAUUUGGCAGCAGUGGCGGGUUUGGAAGUUCUACGGGUUUCACACCGACACCUACUAUCGGAGAUGUAGCAAAUCAGAAUAACGAUGCUAAACCGUCAUACACAACAGUUCCAGCACAAAAACCUCGAGGAAUGAAGUUAGGAGGCAAGGGAAAAGAUGUAGAAUCAUUUGUAGAUCAACUUAAAUCAGAAGGAGAAAAUGUUAUUACCCAAAACAAGAAUAGUAUUUCUCAAUCAGGAACUAAAGCUCCAGCUAUUAAAACUGACAUUGAUGAUGUUCAUCUAAGAAUGGAAGAAAAGUUAAUUGUAAGAUUAGGUCGAGAUGGUGGUGUACAACAAUUUGAAAUAUUAGGUCUCGCUACUUUACACAUCGGAGACGAAAGAUGGGGAAGAAUUCGUGUGCAACUAGAUAAUCAAAACACUCAUGGCGUUCAACUACAAACGCAUCCCAAUGUAGACAAAGAAUUGUUUAAAUUACGCUCACAGAUUGGAUUGAAACAGCCAGCCAAACCAUUUCCGCUUAAUACAGAUGUUGGUGUACUAAAAUGGCGAUUACAGAGUACAGAUGAUGCACUAAUUCCCCUACUUAUAAAUUGUUGGCCAUCAGAAGCCGGAGAUGGUAGUUGUGAUGUUAAUAUAGAAUACGAACUUGCCCAUACCCAAUUGGAAUUAAUGGAUGUUAAUAUCAUUAUUCCUCUUCCAAUUGGGUGCUCACCCGUUGUUGGAGAUUGUGAUGGUAUGUACACCCACGAGGCCAAACGCAAUCAACUCGUAUGGAAUUUACCAUUAAUUGAUGCCGGUACCAAGACUGGUUCAUUAGAAUUUAAUGCACCAAGAGCCAUCCCAAAUGAUUUCUUCCCAUUAUCAGUAACAUUCAGCUCCAAAUCAUCUUACGCUAGCAUUAAGAUAACAGAAGUUCUUCUCGUUGAUGAUGAUUCUCCAGUCAAGUAUUCAGUAGAAACCGCACUUUAUCCAGAUAAAUACGAAGUAGUGUAGUGGGGAAAGUUUAUAUAAAAAAAUCACUUUUGUCAAAACUAUUCGACUGACUUUAGUUGAAUAUCUUUGACUUGUAUAAAUUAUAUAACUAAUACUAUUAUCUAAUAUGCAAUGUUGCUUUUUGUACAAAAGUUUAAGUAACUUGUCUUUAUUUUAUCUAUAUUAAUAAAAUAAGCGAGAAAGUAAG